ACGGUCAUACUGGGAAGUUUCGGUAAUGGAAACACACCAGUUAGUGCCUGGCUGGUUUAUAAAAGACACCCGUUCCUCCUUUUGGUGUGAGGAUGCCAGCUGGUCCUGUUCCACUGCAGAUAGCUCAUCAGUACUUAAUACAAGUUGUUUAUUGUGUAUCUACGUUGGUGUUAGUUUGGGAUGUUCUGAUCAUACCAGCAACACCUGUGUGAACCCUGUGUGCAGCACUUGGGGUUCUUCCCCUUUUCCUUCAUGCUGUGCAGGACAGCAGCAACAAUGUAAAACAACAUGUCCGCCUAACUUUAACUCCGUCUGCGAGAGUGAUGUAAGCUUUGAGUCCUGCAAUGAAAAGCUUCAGCUCCUGGGGAAGCUGAUUACAGCUGGUUUAAUACGACGUAAAGAACAAAGUCUGGGUGGAGUGAGGUGAGUUUCCAGGGAUGGCUGCAGAGAUCAACACCUCCCAGUCAGACGCAGCUACGCUCACCAACACCCGUCUGUAUGAGCGUCAGAAGGCUCAGCUAAUAACCGGACCAUAAGGAAGUUCAUGAUGCUGGAAGAGCAGCCUUUCUCUGUGGUGGAAGAAGAACCAAGUUUAUUCAUACAGCACGUGUCCCAGACCGAGGUCACGAAAGGAAUCACAAUAAAACGCUGAAAAAUAAUACAAUGAGUAGAAAACAACAGGCUCCGCCCACUGCUCAGUCACUAAGUAACCCACUACUACUACUACUACUAAUAAUAAUAACAACACUAAAUCUCCCAAAAUGCUAAUUAGUAAGAUUCCUUUGCUUUGUAGUGCUCUAGCCUGCUGAGAGCUUAAAAGUGAAAGAUUGUUACUGACAGCAGCUACAUCUAAGUGUUUAUUCAUUUUCCUUUUGACUGAAUAGUUGCUGAUUUUAUCUUGGAGACGUUUCUCCUCACAUCAGCUUCAGAUCUAAAGCUUGGGUUGUGAGUAGGAGGCUUAGAAGUUCUGGUCAGAAACAAACACGCUGAUUGUGAUGGAAGUUUUUAUUGUUCCUAAAGUAGAAAUCUGUUUUUAUCUAAAUGAAGUUCAUGUUCUUGUUCCUUUUUCCCACAUCAUGUAGCCAGUAUCACUCAUGGUGUAAAUAUAAAGGUAUGGUGGUCUGUAACAUCAUGUGUCUGUGUUUCCUACAGAUGUUCCACAGCUGGUGCUGGUUAAAGAAGAAGCUCCUGAAGAACAGAGUGCUGGUGUGGACCAGCAGGACUCAGAACACCUCCACAUAAAGGAGGAACAGGAGGAGCUCUGGACCAGUCUGGAGGGAGAGCAUCUCUGUUUGAAGGAGGAGACUGAAGCUGUCGGGUUUCCUGUUACUGCUGUUUCUAUAAAGAGUGAGGAGGAUGAAGAGAAACCUCUGGUCUCACAGCUUCAUCAGCAGCAAAUAGAAGACAGAGAUGUUCCAACCAGCAGCUCAGCUGACCAGAUGGCAGCAGAAACUGGUGGAGGAGCAGGAACUAGCAGGAACCCAGAUCUGAACCCUCAUGAACAAACAUCUGAUUCUUCAGAGACUGAAGUUAGUGGAGAUGAUGAAGAUGAUGAUGAUGAUGAUGGUGUGAAUGUGGACUCUGAGCUGUCAGACUCUGGGUCUGAAACUGGAGAUGAAGAUGAUGACUGGAAUGAGAGCAGGUCUUCUGAGUCAGAUGUUUCAAGGAAGAGAGAAGAGACGGAUGAGAAACCUCUGCUGUUACAUUUCCACAACCAUCAAAUGAAAGACAGAGGUGUCCCAACCAGCAGCUUGGCUGGGCAGAUGACAGCAAAAGUUGGUGGAGGAGCAGAAACUAUCAGGAAUCUAGAUCUGGACCCUAAUGAAAAGACAUCACAUUCUUCAGAGGUUGAAGUUAGUGGAGAAGAUGAAGAUGAUGUGAAUCUAGACUCUGAGCGUUCAGACUCUGGGCCUGAAACUGGAAACGGAGAUCAUGGCUGUAAUGAGAACAAGUCUUCUGAGUCAGAUAUUAAGACCGUCAACAAAUCAUUUAGCUGCCCUGUGUGUGGUAUACGGUUCCUCCACAAGUGGUCUCUUCAGGAACAUGUGAGAGUGACUAGUCAUUCAGCAGUAAAGUCGUCAGAGUGUUCGGUUAAUACAAAAUGUGUGAAAGAGAAGCAACAUGGAGGCUCAUGUAGAAAAGUCCAGAAACAACCAAAAUCAUUUAGUUGUGAUGACUGUGGAAAAAGAUUUAGCCAAACUUCCAGUUUAACCCGUCAUAUGAAAGGCCACACCGGGCAGAAGCCUUUUGCAUGUGAGCUCUGUGGGCAAAGAUUUAGCCGUAAACAUAAUUUAAACACACACAUGAGAGUCCACACAGGAGAGAAGCCUUUUGCCUGCGAGCUCUGUGGAUACAGAUGUACCCAAAAGGCAAGUUUAAACGAUCACAUGAAAAUCCACACAGGAGAGAAGCCUUUUGCCUGUGAGCUCUGUGGGAAAAGAUUUAGCCAUAAAAAUAAUUUCAACUGUCACAUGAGAGUCCACACAGGAGAGAAGCCUUUUGCCUGUGAGCUCUGUGGAAAAAGAUUUAGCUUGAAAAAGCAUUUAAACUAUCACAUGAGAGUCCACACAGGAGAGAAGCCUUUUGCCUGUGAGCUCUGUGGAUACAGAAGUACCCAAAAGGCAAGUUUAAACACACACAUGAAAGUCCACACAGGGCAGAAGCCUUUUGCUUGUGAGCUCUGUGGACAAAGAUUUAGCCAUAAACAUAGUUUAAACACACACAUGAGAGUCCACACAGGAGAGAAGCCUUUCGCUUGCGAGCUCUGUGGAUACAGAUGUACCGAAAAGUCACAUUUAAACAGACACAUGAGAGUCCACACAGGAGAUAAGCCUUUUGCUUGUGAGCUCUGUGGACAAAGAUUUAGCCAUAAAAAUAGUUUAAACACACACAUGAAAGUUCACACAGGAGAGAAGCCUUUUGCCUGUGAGCUCUGUGGAUACAGAUGUGCCCAAAAGUCACAUUUAAACUAUCACAUGAAAGUUCACACAGGAGAGAAGCCUUUUGUCUGUGAGCUCUGUGGAUACAGAUGUACCCAAAAGUCACAUUUAAACUAUCACAUGAAAGUCCACACAGGAGAGAAGCCUUUCCCCUGUGAGCUGUGUGGACAAAGAUUUAACCGUAAAGAUAGUUUAAACAAACACAUGAGAGUCCACACAGGAGAGAAGCCUUUUGCCUGCAAGCUCUGUGGAUGCAGAUGUACCCAAAAGGCAAGUUUAAACAGACACAUGAGAGUCCACACAGGAGAGAAGCCUUUUGCCUGUAAGCUCUGUGGACAAAGAUUUAGCCAUAAAAAUUAUUUAAACACACACAUGAAAGUCCACACAGGAGAGGAGCCUUUUUCCUGUAAGCUCUGGGAAAAGAUUUAGCCAUAAAAAUUAUUUAAAUGCACACAUGAAAGUCUUUUGCCUGUGAGCUCUGUGGACAAUGGUUCAUUCGAAAGACAAAUUUAAAGAGACAUACGAGCAUCCACACAGGGCUCGAGGGAUUUAUUUAACAACAGUACUUCCAAAAGUACUAUUUAGUUUUUUACAACCUUAAUAUUAGUCUUGUACCUCUGCUCAACUAUCAUUGAGCAAGUCCAUACUCUGCCCUUGAGCCACCUCUUCUUUUGAUUUUCAUUUUCAAAUCUCCUUUGUUUUUUAAACUCAGACCGUAACCAAACAUUUGAGAUGUUCAUUCAUGAAUUCUGAAUACAAAAAAAAGUUAAAGAUUAAGAAAAAACUGUUAUACCCUCUUGUAUUUAAGAAACAGACAAGAUAACAGACACAUGAUGGUUGUAGUACAUAACCCACUGCAAUUUAGAGCUGUUAAAUACCGGUGGCGUCUGCUUUAAACAGUUUAUCUGUAUAUAAAAUAAUAGCAUACAAUGUUGUAAUAACUGCAGCUGAAAAAGAAUGUGCCAUCUUUAUUCAUUUGGAGCCCCUAAGAAGAAAUCCCAAAGUAAAGGCUGUGGAGAGACAGCUGGGACUGUUGUCAAGAAGUCAUAAUUUACAAGGUGGCUCUGUGGGGACUCCAUUCUCCUACAAUAGCGUUUUGCUAUUCUAAGCAGGCUAAGGAAUGUGCCUGUACCAGAGUUUUUAGAGAUGCUGUUGUAGAGUUAUAAGCGGUGGACAGAUGCCGGAAAGACAGAACCACUUUUGGGCUGCAUGGUUCUCCACCGAUGCUUUAUAAUUGUAUUGUAAUGACUGAUAAAAGCCAUAAAGAAAUAAAAACAA